GGGUUCGUGGAGUCGAUGAAGCUGAUCCUGGGAGGGUCCAUGAGCCGCGUUGGGGCCCUGAGCGAGUGCCCUUUCCAAGGAGACGAGUCCAUUCACGCUGCAGUGACAAGCGUGCUGGCAUCCAUCCUGGGAGAGCAGACCAAGGCGCUGGUCACGCAGCUGACCCUCUUCAACCGCAUCUUGACAGAGCUGCGGGAAGACAUUAGGGACCAGGUGAAGGAGAUGUCUUUGAUCCGCAACACCAUCAUGGAGUGCCAGGUCUGCGGCUUCCCCGAGCACCGGUCCCGCUGCAACCCCAGCCCCUGCUUCAGCGGUGUGGACUGCAUGGAGACGUACGAGUACCCCGGGUACCGCUGCGGGCCCUGCCCGCCGGGGCUGGAGGGCAAUGGCACGCACUGCGCCGACAUCGAUGAGUGCGCUCAUGCCAACCCCUGCUUCCCCGGCUCCAAGUGCAUCAACACGGCCCCUGGCUUCCGCUGCGAGCCCUGUCCCCGCGGUUAUCAGGGCAACACCGUCUCCGGUGUGGGGGCUGACUACGCGAGGGCCAGCAAGCAGGUUUGCACGGAUGUUGAUGAAUGCAACGAUGGAAACAACGGGGGCUGUGACCCCAACUCCAUCUGCACCAACACGCUGGGUUCCUACAAGUGUGGUCCCUGCAAGUCGGGCUUUGUGGGGAAUCAAACAUCCGGCUGCGUCCCACAGAAGUCCUGCAGCACUCCGACCUCCAACCCCUGUGACAUCAACGGCUUCUGCGUGUUCGAGAGGAAUGGUGAAAUUUCCUGUGCGUGCAACGUGGGCUGGGCUGGCAACGGCAACGUGUGUGGGCAAGACACAGACCUCGAUGGCUACCCGGACGAGCCCUUGCCCUGCAUCGACAAUAACAAGCACUGCAAGCAGGACAACUGCCGCCUGACGCCGAAUUCGGGGCAGGAGGAUGCCGACAACGACGGCAUUGGGGACCAGUGUGACGAUGAUGCCGACGGCGAUGGCAUCAAGAACGUGGAGGACAACUGCCGGCUCUUCCCCAACAAGGACCAGCAGAACUCAGACACCGACUCCUUCGGGGAUGCCUGCGACAACUGCCCCAACGUGCCCAAUAAUGACCAGCGGGACACGGACAGCAACGGCGAGGGGGACGCUUGUGAUAAUGACAUUGAGGGGGACGGGAUUCCCAACAUGCUGGAUAACUGCCCCAAGGUGCCCAACCCUCUGCAGACGGACCGGGACGAGGAUGGUGUCGGGGAUGCCUGUGACAGUUGCCCUGAAAUGAGCAACCCCACUCAGGUAGAUAUGGACAGCGACCUGGUAGGAGACAUCUGUGACACCAACGAGGACAGCGAUGGGGAUGGGCAUCAGGACACCAAGGACAACUGCGCCGAGAUCCCCAACAGCUCCCAGCUGGACUCGGACAACGAUGGGCUGGGGGAUGACUGUGACAAUGACGAUGACAACGAUGGCAUCCCUGACUAUGUGGCGCCUGGCCCAGACAACUGCCGCCUCAUCCCCAACCCCAACCAGAAGGACUCGGACGGGAACGGCGUGGGUGACGUGUGCGAGGAAGACUUUGACAACGACACGGUGGUGGACCAGCUGGACGUGUGCCCUGAGAGCGCCGAGGUGACGCUGACCGACUUCCGUGCCUACCAGACCGUCAUCCUCGACCCUGAGGGGGAUGCCCAGAUCGAUCCCAGCUGGGUUGUCCUCAACCAG